AUGGUAACCUGUUCUGCUUUCAGAUUACCGGUGCGGAACUUCAGCACGUGGGAGCGGUACUAUUUAGAAAUGAGUAGCUGUGAACUUUACACGGAUGACCAGCUCGUGGAGAGCAUCCUGAAAGAGCUGGCCAUGGCGCCAAUCGCAUCGGUGGAAAACAUGGAAGGCGGCACGCAGAUCAAACUGCUGAUCACGUUCGCUAACAACAGCUCAGCCGUUGCAAAGCCAAUGAGGUAA